CUGUUAGUCCUGCCCACGACCGAGGAGAACAAGAACAUGGACAUGGUGCUCACCAUCGCGGAGGCGAUCCACGACCUCGGGAUCGACCGCCGUCUCGACCCCGUCAUCGCCAUUGGCGGCGGCGUGUGCAUGGACAUUGUCGGCUUCGCGGCCUCCAUCUACCGUCGCAAGACGCCGUACGUGCGCGUGCCGACCACGCUGAUGGGCUACGUGGAUGCCUCCAUCGGGGCCAAGACCGGCGUGAAUUUCGCGGGCAAGAAAAACAAGCUGGGCGCGUAUGUGCCGCCAGCCCUCACGCUGCUCGACCGCUCCUUCCUCGGCACGCUCGACGCGCGGCAGUUGUCGAACGGCGCAGCCGAGAUCGUCAAGAUGGCGCUCGUCAAGGACGCAGAGCUCUUCUCCCUGCUCGAGGAGCACGGCCCCAGCCUGAUCGAGGGCAAGUUCCAGGACCUCCCCGGCGGCGUUGAGUCCAACGCGGUCGGCGCGCCAUCCCGCGUGCUCACGCUCGCCAUAUCCACGAUGCUGGAGGAGCUCGCGCCAAAUCUGUGGGAGGAUUCGCUCACCCGGCUCGUCGACUUUGGCCACAUCUUCAGCAUGGAGUUAGAGAUGGAGGCGCUGCACUCCAGCAAACUCUUCCACGGGGAAGCCGUGGCGAUCGACAUGGCCCUGUGCGCUUGCCUCGCGACGGUGCGCGGGCACAUCGACUCCUCCACUCGCGACCGCAUCCUUGCGGUGAUGCGUGGCCUCCGGCUUCCCACGUACCACGAGCUGCUCGACGAGAAGAUGGCACUCUUCGCCAUUGAGGAGCGCAUCAAGUUUUCGCAGACAAUCAAGAUGCCACUCCCCGUCGGCGUGGGCACCUCGCGCAUCUAUGACGACAUCACGUCGGACGAAAUUGUGGCGGCGCUGGCCAUGGCGAAGCGCCUGCACGCGGAGCCCUAA